GGGCAUUGGAUCAUUUCUUUAUCAAUCAGCACACACAACAAGAAACGAUUGUUUACUCGAAAACUUUAAAGUAACACAUAUGAUCCGAGUGAAUAUUAGCGCUUCGUACGAUGGAUAUGUCAGACUAUCGACAGCUUUCUUUUCUCGUUGGAUGUUUAAACUGGCUGAUCCUCGCUACGGAUUCGAUGAUCGUUCACGAGAAUACGGAAGGUGACGUCGAGCCUAAAAUCUUGUCGCGACCUAAGAGGUACUUGAUUUUUCCGCAGGGUAGUAAUUUACAGUUAGUGUAUUGUCUGACUAUCGGAGCGUAUGGCCGAGACGGUGAUUUGGUGGUGGGACUGACAGCUGCCUUAGCCUGGGAACUACCGAGUAAGGUCGACUCAAAGAUAUCGAAUUUACUUCACCGUAGAAGCCGAAGCGUCGUAUAUCCGAAAAUGGAGGCUUUCUUGCAAUCCAUUGGUCUGGAUGGCAGAUUCUGCGUGAUGAGGGCACUUUGCGAGGCGGGACAGCGAGAUCCCGCUCAAGUGGGCACAGGAUCCUUCGUUCAAGAACUGCUCCAUGCAAUUUUCACAUUGCCCAAGGACAACGGCAGAUUCGAGCGAUCGGAGGACCGAGCUUACGAUAGCGCGUACAAAACGGGCGGAAAUUGCGGCCAGCUGUAUCCCACGUGCCGUUACUCUAUUUACGACAUGGACUUUUGAAACUGCGGCGAAAGCAUCGACCGAUCCCCUCAU